AACAUGAAGAAUGAAUUUGGGUUGGAAAGUGGGGGUGAGUAGGACCAUGAUCCGUUGGAUAAUUGAGGCGGCAAAACCGCCGAUGAUUUGCCUAAUUACAACGUUACAUUACAAACUGCCAACAAAACUGGUCCCACUUUCCAAGCUGGCACAACACGAUCUUCUCUUACACCCUCUCCACUACACCCACGACUCAUCACUCAUCACUCAUCACUCUUUAUAACUCCCAAACACAACACCCCCUAACUCCUCAGACACUACCACUAUACCUCUUUUCUCUUCACUUCAUUACUAUUCACCGUCAAACAUGGCCGAGGAGGCUUCCAACCAAACCAACACGCCACCUCCCCCAACAGCACAAGAGUCAGUGGUGCAAGUGGAAGAAGUUGUGCUAACUGAUGUUCCAAAAACCACUGUUCCAGUGGAAAGAGAUUCACAGCCGCAACCUGAACCCGAGCCAGAGAAGAAGCCCGUUGAAGAAAACGUCACUCUCGAGACUCACCUCUCCAAACCCAACACCGAUGACAGCACCGAUGAUAAGAUCCCUGAGUUCAAGGAAGAAAGCACCAAACUUUCUGAACUGCCGGAGAACGAGAACAAGGCCCUUCAAGAGCUUAAGAAGCUCGUUCAAGAGGCACUCAACAACCACGAGUUUUUUUCCAAGGAAGAAAAGAAACCACCACCGCCACCAACAACAACAACAACAUCAACUUCUGAGAAGGAAGAACCACAGCCACAACAACAAGAAGAAGAAGUUGUAACUGAAGCUGAUACUACCCCAGAAAAAACCGAGGAGAACCAAGUUGAAACAAAGAAAGAGGAACAAGGAGAGGAAGAAGAAAAGAAGGAGGAAGUGAAAGAAACAAAGGAAGAAGCUGCUGUGGAUGACGAUGGAGCAAAAACUGUGGAGGCCAUUGAAGAGACCGUUGUUGCUGUCUCUUCUUCUGUUCAGCCUGAAGAGGAAGCUUCUAAACCAGAAGCCAAGGAAGAACCUUCAUCACCACUUCCACCCGAAGAAGUUUCCAUUUGGGGAAUACCACUUCUUGCUGAUGAGAGGAGCGAUGUGAUUCUGCUCAAGUUUCUGCGCGCGAGGGAGUUCAAGGUGAAGGAGGCGUUGGUGAUGCUGAAGAACACGAUCCGGUGGAGGAAAGAGUUUAAGAUGGAGGAGCUGAUGGAGGAGAAGCUGGGGGAUGAGUUGGAGAAGGUGGUGUUCAUGCAUGGCUCUGACAAGGAGGGUCACCCUGUGUGUUACAACAUCUAUGGGGAGUUCCAGAACAAGGAGUUGUACAAGAAGACUUUUUCUGAUGAGGAGAAGAGGGAGAAGUUCCUGAGGUGGAGAAUUCAGUUCUUGGAGAAGAGUAUAAGGAAGUUGGACUUCAACCCUGGUGGCAUUUGCACCAUUUUUCAGGUCAAUGACCUCAAGAACUCUCCUGGACCUGCCAAGUGGGAACUUAGACAAGCCACCAAAAAUGCACUUCAAUUGCUUCAGGACAAUUACCCUGAAUUUGUUGCCAAACAGGUGUUCAUUAAUGUGCCAUGGUGGUACCUGGCAGUGAAUAGGAUGAUAAGCCCUUUUCUCACUCAGAGGACCAAAAGCAAGUUUGUCUUUGCUGGGCCUUCCAAAUCAACGGAAACCCUUUUGAGAUACAUAGCUCCGGAGCAGAUUCCGGUGAAGUAUGGAGGACUAAGCAAAGAUGGGGAGUUCGGAAAUAACGAUGCUGUUACAGAAAUCACAGUGAGGCCGGCAGCAAAACAUACUGUGGAAUUUCCAGUUACUGAGAACUGCUUACUCUCUUGGGAGCUUAGAGUAAUAGGGUGGGAAGUAAGCUAUGGUGCAGAAUUUGUGCCAAGUUCAGAAGGAAGCUAUACAGUGAUUGUUCAGAAGGCUAGAAAGGUUGCUUCAUCAGAAGACCCAGUGCUUUGCAGCAGUUUCAAAGUUGGUGAACCAGGGAAAGUUGUUCUCACCAUUGACAACACAAGUUCUAAGAAGAAGAAGCUCUUGUAUCGCUUGAAGACCAAGUCCUCCGACUAAAAUUUAUCAUUGUUAUGAGUAUGUGCAAGUGGGAAGGGAUAGAACAUUCCUGCAUCAACUUUUACCAAGAGACCAGAGCUUCAAAGAUUAAAUUUUCCUGCUGUUCAUAUUGAAUAUAAAGUUUUUGUUUUAUGAUUAUUAUGUGUUCAACCAUAUUAUAUGAUUAUUAUAUAUACCUCUUUCUGUGUUUUUGUUGGUAUAAUUAUUUAUUGGUGUUGUUAUCAUUGAAGAUAAAUAUGAAGGUCCUAUUCUGAAUUUGGGGGUAUCUUUUGAGUUGUUAUUCAUAUUAAUUAGGAGGGACUUGUUGCUCCAUUUGUAUGUUAUAAAUAUCAUGUAAAUUUUGGU